AUGGUGUGUGCGGGCCAAAAGCCCUUCAUGGAGGAGGUGGUGCCCUUCUGCCCUGAGCACUUCAACUUUGGUGCUCAGAUCCUCCGGUUGCUGCACGUGCCCGGAGAGAAAGAGAGUGCGAAAGGUGCCCGAGACCUUUCGCAGCUGCACGUGGAGUUCCCACAGCAACGCCCACGGCUCCGAUCACCCUUGAUUCAAGAUGCGGACUUCACCAAGAUGUAUCACGACUUCCUGCGGCAGGUGGUCAGAGAGGACUUGGAGGAAGAGAUGCUGAUCUUCGAGCAUUGCCCCAACUUGCGGAUCCACCUUUCCGGCGAACGGUCCUUGACCUCGCCUCACACCGACCGGGAGCAUCAGCACUCAGAGGCCGAGAUCAACUGGUGGGUGCCUCUGACGCCGUGCUCCGGCAGCGCCAGCCUUUGGGCCGAGUCAGCGCCGGGCUUGGGCGACUUCCACGCCUUCGAGGUGCAGCCCGGGGAGGCGGUGCGCUUCUAUGGGAACCAAUGCUUGCACUUCACCCGCGAUAACAGCAGCUCGCAGUCGAGGGUCUCCUUCGACUUCCGCGUGAUCCGGCUCCGGGAUUUCCAUUGGGCCAAGGUGCCGGCACCCACAGAGAAGGAUGCAGAAGUGCGCUGGAGCAUCUUUGCAUACUAUGACGUCAUGGCUGCAGACGGCACGGUGCUCACGGGUUUAGAGGACUGGGAGCGAUAUGUGGCACCCGUCCUGGCCAAUCAAAAGACGCCACUAAAUGAGUUUCCCAGCAUGGUCUCCCUUGGAGACCAUCCAGACCAUCCUCCGCCCGCGGCUCCCACCGCCACACGGCGGUCGCGGCGGUCCACGUCUCCGGAGCAUGUGGCGCGCUGCGCCGAACGCCUGGGCUCCCAACGCUUGGCGCGGCGCCAGUGCGCGCGGUGCGGGUGGAUCGCCCACCGUGCAAGGCUCUUGGAAGUCCUUCGCUUCAGCAAGCCCCACGAGCCCCACGGCGUCGCCACAUCAGAGACUGCGCCCUGGGUCGCUGAGCAGCCGGACCCUUCUCUCCCCUGGGGCCUCGGCUGCCGCCUUUGCGCGCGGCGCGUGCGCCUGGGCGCGAGGGGCGUGCCGCCGGGCGGUCGCCGGACGGCCUUCAGCGACUUCACCUUCGGUGCCUCGAUGCCUGGCUUGCUCUUCCAGCCUUUGCUGCGGCAUGGGAACCACGCCAUGCGCCAGGUGGCCAUGCGCAGGGAGUCCACACCACUGGUGGUGGAGCAGGAUUUCGAGCAUGCGGAAGCCCAGCGUGCGGUGCUGGCAGGGCUUCUCAUCCUCGAUGAUUCUGACUCCUGCGAAGAUGCAGAAAAAAGGGAGGGGAUCGCCACGAAGAUCGACCUCUACACCGCUUUGCCCACCGGAGGUGAAGCGAGCUAUGAGGCGGUGUCUUUCAAGAGGCUGGGCUACUUGUCUCUGGAUAGCAACGAGCGCUCUCAGUUCCAAGCGAGGGAGCUGAAGAGCGUCUACGUGGAUGCUGGGGUCCUUGGCACGUUUGGGGAUGGUCAUCUGGUGGAAUGGCAGAGGCACCUGAGUGAAGCCUCACGGCUGCUCAGGGUGUCAAGCCCCUUGCGUGUGCGCCGCCAGCAACGGCUGGAGGUCUUGGUCAUGACGCCUUCAGAGAAGGCGAUGGGUUAUCCGCCCAGCGCUGGGGCAGAAGCGGUGUGCCGGGCACUCGGUUAUAGCCAUGAGGUGGCCAGCAACAACGAGGCCCUCUUGGCUGCUGUUCAGCGCUUUCAGCCAGACCUCUUGGUCUCAAUCCUGUGGCCGCGCCGGGUGCCCAAAGAGGUCCUGGACUUGUGCCCUGAAAGUCUGAACUUCCACCCCUCGCUGCUCCCGAAGCACCGCGGAUCUUUGACCCAGUUCUGGGCCAUCUUUGAGGGUGACGACAAGGCAGGCACCACCUGCCACCGCAUGGUCUUGGAGUUUGACGCUGGGAAGAUCCUUCACCGUGAGGAGGUGGAACUGUCAGCCGAUGAGCAGCUGGGUCCGACCGCGCUGUCCUUGAGCCACAAGAUCGCUUUGACCACUGAGAAGUGCGCCUCGCCCAGGCUCUUAGAUGACAUGUUAGAUUGCUUCAAGCACAUCAUGGAGCUCUACUUCACCAUGGGGCUGCCCGAAGGUGAAGACUGGGACAUUGCAGAGUUCCCCUAUCAUUACCGACGGCUCCACGAGGACAGGAAUUCAUCAGUUCAUGUUGCACGCACAAGUGAUGACGGCUUCAUCGAUCCUACAUGGCCUGAUGAGAAGGUGGAUCGCUUUAUCCGUGCGACCUACUUCCCGCCCUAUGCGGCUGCCCGGCUGCGGCGUGCCGAUGGGGCCAUCGAUGGAGUGGUGAGCUUGAAGGCUUAUCAGGAUGGCCAAGGAUUGGGUGAUGAAUUGCUGUGGCACAAGUCUGGCGUUCUGCAGGCACUCCGCGCCGCCGAUGAGGGAGUGGCGCAGCUGGAGCUCUUCGCCCGGGCCGCGGCCUUCUUCGAGCGGCAUGGCCCUGGCAGCUCCGUGAGGCGCUUGUGGGAUCGGAAGUGUGAGGAGGCCAUCGAGUACUGGAAGGAAAGGCCUCAAGGCACUGAUGUCAUUGCAGAGGCCCAGGAAGCGCAGAAGGCGGUGGCGCCAGCGCUGGCGCGCGCGGUGUGCGCGGCCGCGGCCUUGGGCGUGCCGCCCGAGGAAGAGGUGGAAGAGGAUGUGUUUGAAGGUGCAUUGGCCGUGCUCCAGCACAAGAAGGUGGAGACUGUGGGAUUUGGGCCGAGCCUGGCGGCCAACUGCUGCCCAAGUGCGGCCGAACCGUCGGCGGCCGACAACGACCUCGCCAGCAUCGUGGCGACCAGCCAUCUUGGCGGCGUUGGUGCUCGUGGUGACUUGGAGAAGGUGGCCAUCAUUGCCAGCCUCUUGGACAACGUCGAUGAGUCCCGCUCACUGGCGCGGCGUGUGCCAGUGGAGGGCGGCCGCUGUAUGGAUGGCUCGACCAGUAACCUUUACCUGGCGAAAGGCUACGAGAACGUGGGCCAUCCCGAUCUUUGCUCCGAACGCGCACGUGGCUAUCACGGCAGUUCUCACGACGAUGCAGAAUUCCGGGACUUCGCAAAACGCGGGAAUCGAGUGAUGGUGCGGAAUUGUGAUGGGACCCUUUUCUUGAGCGACUCAGAGUUGGAGACCGAGCUCCAGGGAAACCGGUCCACCCUGCAGCUGCGUGGGCGGAGCAAUGCCUUCAAGGCCCUUCAGCAGCUCCUCCCUCUGGGCCUCCUGGAUGCCUCCGAGCUCCUCUUGGGUGGCUGCUCCGCGGGCGCGGUCGCUGCACUGCAGCUGGGCGACCAGCUGGCGGAGCUCGUGCGCCGCGCGCAGCGCGCGCAGCGUGGUGCACAGACCGCGGCGGAGGAGGUCUUUGUGGCGAUUCUGUGGCCCGGCGAUGUCGACCCGUGUCAGAGUGUGGCCUGUGCGUGCCUGUGUCGACAUAUGUUUUGGUAUGCAAUGUGCCUGGGUGAGAGAUGA